AUGGCGUACCAAUCCUCUGCAUGUGCCCCAUCUUAUCCAGAUAAAGCAGCACACCCAAACCCGCAGCCUGCGGCUGACCAACCUCUGCAGCUCUCUGCUGGACCUCUGGCACUGGAGCCUGUGGAACUACUGGCGGAAAACGUGACAACAGCUGCGUCAGCAACCCCACCACUAAGUCAUCACGACCCGGAGCCGGAGCACCACCCCCACCCGGAGCAGCACCCGCUCCCAAACCAACACUCGCAUCCACACUGGCCUCACUCGCCACGGAUACUGGGUCACCGACGCAGUCCCCACACUCGGCGCUGCACUCUCUCCCAAAUCUGCCGGAAGUCCACGAGCACGACCUUAGUGUGCUCGGCCUCUAGCUCUACCACUAGCUCAGCCGCCACAACCUCUAGCACCGCGCCCUCUCGCGCCACGACCUCUAGGACCCCCUUCCAUCUCACUGCAUGGAACCGAAAUGAGCACACUAGACCACACAACAAAACUCAAACACAACAUAAAAACCACCGCGGAAUCUCUUAUAGCUGA